AUUUCGGAAAACAGUCUUUGAUGUUCCGUUGGGCACUUCGGGUGUGUUUGUGUUGUGCUUGGUUGUGUUCUGCUAGGUGGUGAAGUGUCAAGAGAAUCUCUCAAACUCAUUGGCAGCUAUGUGCGACAACUAUUCAAUAUGUUAAUAAGGACAAAUAGAAGCGUUGUCUUUAUAUCCAAAAGCUGCCACUCUUGCCGAGUGCUGUUUCUGAGCUGAAGUUGAAAUAAGAGGACUUCAGUCUUUGAAUGAAUCUAGUACUUCAUUGAGAACUGGUUUAAUGGCUUUCUAAGAAGAAGGCCGACUUUGUAGAGACACUUGGCAAGUGCGCUUCUCGCGAAAAUGGGCGUAAGAUCGCGUGCCGCGUGUGUGGUGGUAGUGUCGCUGGCGGUGUGGGUGUGCUGCCAGUGCGAAGCCAUCUUCCACAAUCAGUUCGCAGUGCAUGUGCCCAGUGGCAGGGAGGCGGCGGACAGCAUAGCCGACAAGCAUGGAUUUACCAACAUUGGCCAGAUUGGGAGCUUGAAAGGCUAUUACCUAUUCGAACAUCCACACGUGAGGAAGCGAUCAGUUGAACAUAGCCCUGAUCAUAGAAGAAAACUAGAAAAUGAAGAAGAGGUGAAGUGGGUUCAACAACAGCAUGAACGCAAAAGAUUUAAGCGCGACUUUAGUUCUUCAAGUUUUCCAUCAUUUGCAUCCUUCUUUGGACCUCUCAGCAGUCGAGGUAGCAGCUCUGGUGUGAGCAGCUCCCAUCACAACCAUCAUCGUUCUCUUGAGGGAAUCGAUGAUUUCUCCAGCUACUCAGGCUACAGGCUUUUCCCUGACCCACUGUAUCGUGAACAGUGGUAUAUGAAUGGAGGAGCUAGAGAUGGCUUUGAUAUGAAUGUAGAAGCAGUCUGGAAAAGAGGGUACACUGGGAAGGGAGUAGUUGUUUCUAUUUUGGAUGAUGGCAUCCAGCCCAACCACCCGGAUCUUGCUUUCAAUUAUGACCGUGAUGCUAGCACGGACAUCAAUGACAAUGAUGAUGAUCCGACACCAAGGGAUAAUGGUGAUAACAAACACGGAACAAGAUGUGCAGGAGAAGUAGCAGCUGUUGCAUUCAAUAAUUAUUGUGGUGUUGGGGUUGCUUAUAAUGCAAGCAUUGGUGGUGUUCGUAUGUUGGAUGGAACCGUGAAUGAUGCAGUAGAGGCCAGGGCCUUGGGUCUCAAUCCAGACCACAUAGACAUUUACUCUGCCUCUUGGGGUCCAGAAGAUGAUGGUAAAACUGUGGAUGGACCUGGUCCUCUGGCUCGCAGAGCAUUCAUCUAUGGAGUCACCAGUGGCCGUAAAGGAAAGGGCUCGAUCUUUGUUUGGGCUUCUGGCAAUGGUGGCAGACAUACAGACUCAUGCAACUGUGAUGGCUACACUAAUUCUAUUUUCACAUUGUCCAUUUCAAGUGCAACACAAGGAGGGUUUAAACCAUGGUACUUAGAGGAAUGUUCAUCCACUCUUGCAACAACUUACAGCUCUGGUACCCCAGGACAUGACAAGAGUGUAGCCACUGUAGAUAUGGAUGGCAAACUAAGGCCUGACCAUAUUUGCACUGUUGAGCACACAGGAACAUCUGCAUCUGCUCCAUUAGCAGCAGGAAUUUGUGCCCUCGCCCUGGAGGCAAAUCCUCAUCUCACAUGGCGUGAUAUGCAAUACCUAGUCGUUCUUUCAUCCAGGUCAGGUCCUCUGGACAGAGAAAGGGGCUGGAUUGUCAAUGGAGUUAAGAGGAAAGUCUCUCACAAGUUUGGAUAUGGUCUGAUGGAUGCCAAUGCCAUGGUCACACUUGCUGAGAAGUGGACACCAGUGCCUCCUCAACACAUCUGUAAGAGUCAGGAAAUAGCUGAGGAUCGGGUGAUUGAGGCAACAUUUGGACAAACUCUUCAAGUGCACAUGGACGUCACUGGGUGUGCUGGAAGUCUUAAUGAGGUACGGUUCCUAGAACAUGUUCAGUGUAAGGUAUCUCUUCGCUUCUUCCCUCGGGGUAACCUGAGACUUUUGCUGACCUCUCCCAUGGGAACUACUUCCACUCUGUUGUUUGAACGUCCACGUGAUGUGGUGAGCUCCAACUUUGACGAUUGGCCAUUCCUAAGUGUUCAUUUCUGGGGUGAGAGAGCUGAAGGGCGGUGGACUCUGCAAGUUGUCAAUGCUGGCAAUCGACAUGUCAAUCAGCCAGGUGUAUUGAAAAAAUGGCAGCUAAUCUUCUACGGAACUGUAACAAAUCCUAUAAAUUUGAGGAACAGUGGUUCUUCAAGCGGUGGCAUCAGCUCCUCUGCCUACCCGGGCUUUGCAUCCCAGUCAUCUCUGCCUCCUUCCUCUGGAAGCUUUGCUUUCCCUGGAUCUGCCCCUAGUCCAUCAGCUGUGCCUUACAAUGUGUUCCAUGACUACACCAGUGCCUCAUUGCCGUACAGUGGCCAGGGCAGUGAAAUCGACACUGCUGUGUCUGACCCCAAUGGCAGUGACGUUGAGUCUGAUAAUCUUGUUGGGGCUGGAGAGGACUCAUCGAAACGUGUCUUCCAUGACUGUGACGAGCAGUGUGACUCUCAAGGGUGCUAUGGCAAGGAGCCGCACCAAUGCAUUUCCUGCAAGAAUUAUCGGCUUGACAAUACCUGCGUUUCUCGUUGUCCACCUCGCAGCUUCCCUAACAGUGGGGGCCGUUGCUGGCCUUGCCAUGAAACCUGUGAGACCUGUGCAGGACCUGGCCAGGACAGCUGUUUGACAUGUGCACCUGCUCAUUUGCAUGUCACAGAUCUGGCUGUGUGCCUCCAACAGUGCCCUGAAGGCUACUAUGAAAACUUUGACAAACGUACUUGUGUACCUUGUGAGGCAAACUGUGCAAGCUGCCAGGACAGACCCGACUUCUGCACUAGCUGUGACCAUCACCUUGUGAUGCACAACCACACUUGCCUGGCCUCCUGCCCUGACCAUACUUAUGAAACUGAUGAUUACAAUUGCGCUCCCUGCCAUUCGUCUUGUGAUUCUUGCUCUGGGCCUGGAGAGGACCAAUGUAUUACCUGCCGAGCUGGCCACUAUGCAUUAGCUGGAUCAAAAUGCCCUGAAACCUGCCCAGAAGGAUGGUAUGCUGAUAAAAAAAGGCGAGAAUGUCUACCCUGUCAACCUGGGUGCGCACUAUGCACUAGUGGCCUUUGCAAUUCAUGCUCUGCCGGCUGGAAGUUGAACAAGAAAGAUCGAUGUGUGCCAGAGAACAGCAAUCGAUGCAGUGCAACUGAAUUCUUUGAGGCAUCUAUUGCAAAGUGUCAACCCUGCCAUAACACGUGUGAGGGCUGUGGAGGUUCAGGACCUGAGUCUUGCCUAAGUUGUUUAUCUCCAUUUGUGCUUUCUGGAGGCCGCUGUCUUGGCGAUUGCCCUAAAGGCAGUUACUUAGAACAAGGCCGUUGUGUGCCUUGCUUACACACUUGCACUGCUUGCGAGUCUCGCCUCAACUGUACAUCUUGUGUACCUGGUCUGGACCUUCAAAAUGGAGAAUGUCGCUCAACCUGUGCCGAUGGUUACUACAGUGACAGAGGAAAGUGCAGCAAGUGCUACCUCAGCUGCGCAACCUGUUUGGGCCCGCGACGUGAUCAGUGUGUAACAUGUCCUCGCGGCUGGCAACUUGCUGCUGGGGAAUGCCAUCCUGAGUGCCCAGAGGGUUUCUUUAAGUCCGACUUUGGUUGCCAGAAAUGUCAUCACUACUGCCGGACAUGCAAAGGAGAAGGACCUUUGGAGUGCACUUCAUGUCCACCACGUUAUACCUUGGAAGGUGGACUUUGCAUGGAGUGUCUAAGUGGCCAGUACUAUGAUGCUGCCACUCAAUUGUGCCGCCCAUGCACAGACCCUUGUCGCUCUUGUUCUGGACCUGGAUUCUCAUCAUGCACUGGAUGCCACGACCCAUUGCAGUUAGACCAAAGAACCAACCAAUGUGUUACUUGUUGCUCAGCACCUGGUGAAGCUAAUUGUUGUGCGUGUGACCCCCAGACUGGGAAAUGCAUGUCUGGUUCUGCUGGCAAACGGCGUAUUGCUGAGGAACAGGUCUACCCUGCCGAUGCACAAGGCACUGUGGGUUUCUCCGGUCCUUUUGCUGUCAUUGCAGUGUGUUCUGGCCUUGUAAUGGCUCUGGGAGUCACACUUCUGUUUGUACAGGCCUGUGUAAGGAAGAAUCGACGUUCGAGGGAAUUUUACGGGCAAUUAGCCACAUGUGAGGUGGAGAGGCAUUCAAACAUCGGCCUGCCAAAGGCCAAGGGGGGCAGUAGCAGAGUUGAAGCAGACUUUGGAGAGGGAGAAACUCUCCUUCAGAACGAGUAUUGUGAUUACGAAGAUGGCCCUGAUAGUGAGGAAGAAGAUCUUAGCAUCUCAGGCAAAGUUUCAACUGUACGCACAUAGUUUGAGAGUUAACUCUUUGUUUUUUUUUAGUUUGAUAUUGUGAUUGUAAAUACUGAGAUAUGAGAAAACAAAUUUGUUGUGUAAAAGUGGAAAUUCCAAAGUUUUGCCUUGUUACCAUCCAAUGGCACAUUUAUUAAGGAAGAAGAUAGCUGACCUCCCUUUUGUGAAUAAUGUAAUUUAAUCAGUCUUUGAUAUUGAUAAGAUAUCCCUGGGAUCUUGACCAGAAGCAAUUGAAUUGUAUUGAUCUUUCCUAGGAUCGCAGGGUAAUACAAACAUUUUAUGUUCUGUUUGAGUUUGUUAUCUAAGUCUUACCUCUACCUUUUUAUAGUGAGCUAGAUUUCCACUCACAAUGCAAUCUGCCUCUCUGGUCAAGUGAGUCAAUACUUCCAGGCUUAUAAGAAUGAAAUGAAGGGACUGAUAAUGGACUCAGAAUGAAUAUCCAACAUUAAGCGUGUUAUUUAUUCCAUCUGUGAAGCUUAUCGUUAAUACCUAUGUGCUGUCUGGCAGUUUGUUAGCAGGACUUGAAUUUUGUUGUCCUCUUGUCUGAGAAGAGUAGUAUGUUUCACUAUGAGCACAUGCAAAUUCUCUGUGAUAUUAAUUUAAAAAAUAAAAAAAAGAUAUCAUAUGCCACUCUAGAUCUGUAAAGAAUAAUUAAGUGAUUGGAUUUUGUAUAGGUUCUGUUCUUGUUUUAUGCAAGGCAGUCAUCCAGUCACUCCAGUCUUGUGGCAUGGCCUAGAAAUUCUGAAAUUGUGAGGAAAACUCAAUGCAAAGGGCUAAUACUUGUUUGUGCCAAUCUAAAAGUAGUCUGAUAAGUUGAUAGAAAUAAUUUUAUUUUAAGGUAUGUUGUUUGUUUCAUUUGCUCUCAUUUUGCCUUGUACGUAACCAAGAUUUUGUUACUUUCAUGAGUGAUACAAAAGCUACCUUUUUCAGGAUUAUCGUCUUUGUAAAAUUCAGCUUCCUUCUCCCACUGUACUUAAUAACAGAGUCCACAAUAAUUGAAGCUCCCAUUAUGAACGGCAAUAAACCUUGUCGAGGUGCUUUCUCAAAGACCUGCAGGGAAAACCUCGAGACACACUCGAUACUUUUGUAGAAGUUUUCUUAUUGAAGCUUAUCUCCAUGGAGUACAAACCUCAUAAACCUUUUUAUUUUUAACUUUUAUCUUGUAGCAUUUUAUGUAAGUUAAGGGUCCCUGAAACCACAUCAUGUAAGAACCUAUUAAUAGUGGUUUGCUUGUCUUCACAUUAUGUGAAGUGAAAGUCAGGAGACUUCCUGGGUGUGACUGUCUCUAGAAGCAUAUCAGAUCUUAUAAACAAAUAACUAGUUGCUGAUGUUCAAAGACUUGGCUUUGUAAUUCCCAACUUGUACAAUCAUUUUACAAUGCUGUAGGCAUUUUUUUUCUUCACCUACUUUAUUAGAAAAUAUUUUUUUUCUUAGCUUGUUUUUAUCAGACAUGUUAUCGGUCAAUCUUGUUAUAGCCUUGCUGUGCUAAUACCAUGUUUUUAAGAAUGUUUAAUCAUUUUUUUCCCUCUUUCAUUUAUUUUGUAUUUGUGGUAAUUGUAGGGCCUGUUUCAUAAGAGGUCCGGAAUUGUUUUAGUGGUAAUGAUUUCUCAGACCUGUGAUAAUGAUCAUGAUCUUCCGUAACUGUUGUAUCGGGAAGAAUAUAUCUUUUGCAUUUGCUAUUGUGAUACUCUACACAAUGCCUCACAACCUUUUAUCGCUUUGUUUACGGCACACUGUUAGACAAUUUUCGGCUUCAUAAUGUUCUUUGGCAUGCC